UUGGUUAAGAUGGCACGUCGCCCUUUCAUUGCAUAGUCGAAGCGUUUUUUUGUAAGGUUCUUCAAAGCUUGGUGCUCAUCAAACCUGCAUCUUUCCUUCUUGUUUCCGCGCUGCUUUUUUUCUCGACAGGGCAUGGUUGGUGUAGGAAGUGUCAGUUUUUUUAAGGGGUGGGGAGGCCGGGCUAUUCAAAGCUGCAAGUGUCCGUAAACAAUCCAUCAUGCUAACAUGGACGUGAUAAACACACCGUAGUGAGCGACACACAUUCUCUCCAAGCAAGCGAUCAAUGCAUUUUUUUGGAGCGGUGGAAGAAGAAGACUGCAGAAUAUGGCGUCCCGCCUUAUAAAAAUAAGGCUGCCAUUUUUGUUUCUCUUUUGUCUGGGAAUGUUUUAAGAUGACCGUCUGGGAAUGAUGGCGGAGCCUCGAUUUAACAACCCAUAUUUCUGGCCGCCACCUCCAUCCAUGCCUGGCCAGCUGGAUAACCUGGUGCUCAUUAACAAGAUCAAGGAGCAGCUGAUGGCUGAGAAGAUCCGACCCCUGCACCUGCCGACUACCUCCUCCCCUUCCCAGCAACCUUUGCUCGUGUCCACCUCUUCCCCGGACGGUGGCGGCCAGCAUGGCAUGCCGGUACCGAAGCCACAGCCUCAGCAGGUGCCGGGCCACCACCCGCAGCAGCAAAACUCUGCACAGUCAGACAUCCCUUUGCACGGCCGGCCAGCCUCCAGCUCUGGACCAGAUGGAAACAUGGACGACAAGGCAGCUGUGAAGUCCAAAGGAUUAUGGGAAGACUGGCACAUGAGGCAACUGAGUGAGGAACACAGCCGCAUCAACCAUCGCUCAGGUCUGGCUCUUUCAUCCCGACCUGACAGCCACAGUACUUCAGAGGCUCUAACUCCCACGACUCCAACCUCCAGCAGUCAGAACCGCUUGGGCGGUGCCCCCUCUGUCAACAUCAUCUCUGGGCUGGCUAGUGGUCCUGGCAUGGACCAUAUGAAGGUUGGAGGCCUAGCGGGCCUGUUGGGCCCCCCACCCAAACCCCCCCGAGGACGUAAAAAAAUUAAAGCUGAGUCAGGUCCUCUGCUGGUGGUCCCUUACCCGAUUCUAGCGGACCAAGGCUGCGCCACUGUGGCACCCAAAGAGGGCAAAACAUACAGAUGCAAAGUGUGCCCACUAACCUUCCUGACCAAGUCGGAGAUGCAGAUCCACUCCAAGUCCCAUACGGAGGCCAAACCACACAAAUGUCCCCACUGCUCCAAGACAUUCGCCAAUGCCUCCUACUUGUCCCAGCACCUGCGCAUCCACCUGGGCAUCAAGCCCUACCAUUGCUCCUACUGCGAGAACUCCUUCCGCCAGCUCUCUCAUCUGCAGCAGCACACAAGAAUUCACACUGGUGACAGACCUUAUAAAUGUGCUCAUCCUGGAUGCGAAAAGGCUUUUACCCAACUGUCCAACCUUCAGUCUCACCAGAGGCAGCACAAUAAAGACAAGCCGUACAAAUGUCCCAACUGCUACCGUGCCUACUCCGACUCAGCAUCAUUGCAGAUCCACCUGUCAGCGCACGCCAUCAAAAACGCCAAGGCCUACUGCUGUAGCAUGUGUGGCCGGGCGUACACCUCAGAGACCUACCUUAUGAAGCACAUGUCCAAACACACAGUGGUGGAGCACCUAGUGAGCCACCAGUCCCCCCAGAGGACCGAGUCCCCCAAUAUCCCCAUACGGAUCUCACUUAUCUGAGCCAGCUGGCGCUCAGUAGCGGUCCAAUUUAAAGUCAACGUGAGGUGGGAGCCUGUCAGGCCCUGCACCUAUGGCCAUCUACAUAAGGCUUACAUUAGCAUUACGACAGCUGACGUAAGUAUUCAGCACUAGAGUCGAGAGUGGGGCACCUCCUUCCGUCUUGAUGCAGGCGUCCAGUUGAAAACGAGCACAGCGUUAUUUUGUGAAUGUAACAAUACAGCUAGAUGUUGUCCAGAGGAUGGAGUGGCAAAGAAAUGUCUUGCGUCAGAUUUAAUAAGCACUUUCGUAAGCGUCAUGUAAAAAGCCAGAUGCAAUGGCCAUCCAAAAUGUGUUUGUUUUUUUCCCUCCUCCAUGAAAUGGGUUUCCAAACAUGCCUGAUGAUAAAUGCCCCUCGAGAAAAAAAAAUUAUACAUAAAAUUAUACAAUAAGUUUGCUGGGUGUAUUCUGGAGAUAUCCAAAGAUAAUCUCAAAGCACUUUUUAGGCCUUGUCAUGUUAGCUCAAAUUGUUGAAAUCUUAUCUGACGGGAAAAUGCCAAGAGGGCAUUAUUUGUGGCAGCUAAGAGCAAGGACUGUGUAGAAAACAGUCUUUUCUGUUACAUUUUGUUUGUUUUACUCACAUAUUUGUGCAAGGACACAUUUACAGGGUCAUCGAAAUUUGAAGAAAGGCAAUCAUAGAUGACUGAAGCAUUUAAUGAUUGUAUUGGUUUAUUGAUGCGAGGAGGGAGGAAGUGUAAUGUUAAGGGAAAAGAAGUUCUCACCCUCCCACUUAAAUCUUUUACCUGACAGCACCUUGAGAUCAUACCAUGUGAUCAAAGUGAUACUGCUUUUAAAAUGACCUUUCCCAUCACGUCCUACAAACUAGUGCCAUAUGUUAAAAGCCAAUCUUGUAAUAUUUGUCCACUUCCUCUAAUCAGUUUAUUUUAAAAGUGUUUGAUGCUGAGGUCUUAUACAUUGUACACUUAACCAGUGCCAGGUAAACUCAACCCUACUUAAAAAACAAAACAAAACAAAACAUUUUCUUUUACUUGAGUAGCAAAUAUCAACUAACCAUUGGACCAAAAUGUGAAGUAACUGUACAGCACUCUCAGUAAGGAUUUUUGACAUAAGCUUUAUUCUUUGGAAUUAACUGCAGUAUAAACAUCUUCCAUUAUGCUUACAUGUGUCACCUUCGUCUUCCAUGUUCUUUCUCCAGUUGUAUUAUUUUUACUGUAGACAGUAUUCUUUGUUGUGUUUUUCCGCUGUACUUUUUAACCUCUGGAUGGUACUAAAAAGGUUUGCCAUGUUCUUCAGGGCACUUGUGUAAAAGGUGCUAUGGCGAGGCGUCGUGUCCGAGAAGGAAGCGCGAACAAUGUAUAAAAGAAACAGUAAACCGAAAGAGUCAAAGCAUAGGCUUGAACAACUAUGGACACUUAACACCAACAACAAAACAACAAACCCUGCCUUUUCAAGUUAACUUUCUGUUUGGACAUCAUGGGAAACAUGUCCAUUUUGCUGUACUGCUGUGUUACUCCAUGUGGCGGCCCGCGGGCCAAAUCCGGUCCAGGAAUGACACCAGACUGGCCCGUGAAUUCAGUUCAAAACUUGGGAGAGACUAACAUUUUUGCAGCAGUUUCGUAAAAACACUAGAGCAUCGUAAUACAGAGGAUGUUUUUUUUUUUUGCAGUAGGUCCUUAAAAACAGCAGAGUGCCCCUGUUUUGAGGAACUUGGACCAAUGUAAACAUUGUUGUGUUUUAAUUUAUGACUACAUCAGCCAUUUGGUGAAGUAAACUUUUAAUGUACGGCAGUGACAUAAAAUACAAAAUAACAAUAAUUGUGAAGCGAGAAGUCCGGUCCUUAGCUUUCUGGAAAUGUGGCCCUCAGAACAAUUUAGUUGAAUAGGCUGCUGUACUGUUUAACACGUUAUUCAUUUGUAGUAUAUAUUUUUAAAGGUUUAAUAAAUACACUAUGUGGACAAAAGUAUUUGGACAAACACUUUGCUGAUUGAAGAGGUCAGAAAUUCUGGUAUUAAUGUAAGCAUACAAACCUCAUGGAAUGGGUUUGGGCUAGGCCCCAUUGCGAGACAUCUUAGAUAAUGCCUAUGCUGCUUUCCAACCUUGUGGAAACAGUUUAGGAAAGACCCAUCUCUAUUCUAACAUGACUGCCCUAGUGUACAAAUCAAGAACUACAAAGAUACUUCAAAGCCUUCCAAGAAGCGUGAGUACAAUGUCACUACCAUUGGUGGCCAAGUACUUUUGUCCAUAUGGUGGAUAUUUUGUUUGGAGAGAAAAAAAAAACAUGUAUGACCUUUUAGAUAUUAAUCACGUUUUAUAUUGGUUAUUUACAUGUCAGCCUUAACUGUUCUAUCAUGACAUCUCCAUUACUCUGUAUUGCAUUCUGCAGUAUUCAGUUCUGGGUUCUUUUUUUUCCAUUUUUCCCUCCUGCAUGGAGCUGUAAUCUGUAUAACUGUUUAACCUGAGUUCUCUAUGGAAAAAAAAUAUUGUGUAGAUUUAUUAAACCUUUUCCUGUCUUGCAUUGUGGCUUCAUAUACGGUUUCUAGACAACUAAAUAUGCACAGCCAAGACAAAGAAGUUAACUCACGGGUUAGCAAUGUUGAAAAGGGAAAAAAAGGAAAAAAAAGCUUUGUAUCAUUACCUUGUUUAAUAAAGAGACUGUUAUAAAUUCAGCACAGUCUGCUUG